AUAGUGUACGCAGACUCAAGUGACUCCAGCUCAACUCCAUCCGCGCACUUGAGCCACAGCUGGGAAUCUCACCGAGGUUUCGGAUAGACCUGGUGCGGACUGUAGCUAAGAUAGUCGGUCAGUAUUUUUGCACUAGCCAUCGAAUCGACAGGUGGAAUUACUUUCUCAGUGCCAUCAAUUGUAUUUCUGAGUUGGUAAUUUAUUACUGAUAUCUCAAUUAAACAAUCGAUCGUGCGCGGAAUUUUCAUUUGGAUGGCUAACGUAAGCAGGGGCUACACGAAAGUUCACUUUUGCCCAAUCACCAGCUCGUAAGUCGAUAAGUGCAAGUUUUAGUUCAACUAAUGGAUCAUCAAUCGAAUUGUUUAACGGUUUUUAAUCGAAGUGAUACUACCUACGUAAUACGUGUUUUAUAAUAUUCAAAAGAUCUUUUAAUAAAGUCUUCCUCGCCACACGUUUUUAACGUUUUUUGGUGUCCUACAUAAUCGCAGCCAACAUUAUUGAAACGUUUGAGUCGGUAACGGCCGUAACAGUUUCCUCCUUUUUCCGAUUUCGCGAUCGGUUUUGUUUUUGAUACAUUUUCGAGUGUUGUGAAAGAAAGGUUGUGAUAUAUUAUUAUACAUCUGCAAUAAAUUUGUGCAGACGAUACUAUUGGAAGCCAUCAGGAACUAGCUUAGCCGGAUUUAUUGGAUAAGCGGACAAAUAAGGAGCUAAAAACGAUGGCGUGUGGAAUAUCAUGUGUGGAUCAAGCAUUAAACAAAUCAUUUUAUCGGCUGGGCCUAUUCAUAGGCAGACAUCCCGGAUAUUUUAUUAUAAUUCCAGUAUUAGUAGCACUAUUAUGUAUGACAGGAUACCAACAACUUCGAUAUGAAAUCGAUCCAGAAUAUUUAUUUUCACCUAUCCGAGGUGAAGGUAAAACAGAGCGAGCCGUAGUUGAAAGUUACUUCAAAGUGAACUACACACACAGAUUCAACGUAGGAAGGAUAACAAGACCUGGUCGUUUCGGUCGAGUGAUUGUAACUACGAAAGACGGCAAUCCCAACAUGCUGCGAAAAGAGGUGUUUCAGGAGCUUCGAUCACUGGAUGGACUGAUUCAUAAUUCAACAGUUUAUUUUGAUGGCGACACAUACACAUAUCGCGAUAUUUGUGCACGAUGGGAAAAUGAGUGCUUUUCCAACGACAUUCUCAAUCUCGACUACAUUAUAGAUGAUAUCGAAACGGGAGAGUUAAAUCUAACCUUUCCCAUCAUGUUCAAUCCGGUAACAUGGGAUGCACACGCUUUUCCGGUUUUCUUUGGCGGAACGAUUCUUUCCGAAGAUAACACGGUGAUAAGUGUUCCAGCAAUUCAACUAGUCUACUUUGUAACGGCUGAUACCAAGCGGCAAGAUGCAAAAGGUGCUGCCUGGGAAGAGCAUUUCUUAGAAGUGGUUGGAAAAGCUGAAGAUACCGGUUUUUUCAAGCAUAUUUCCAUUGCGAGAUUUGCUUCGAAAACUCUCGAUCAUGAAUUAGAGAAAAACACCCAAACCGUUGUGCCAUAUUUUAGUUCUACUUUUAUUUUGAUGGCGAUAUUCAGCGUCGGAACAUGCAUGAUGGGCGAUGCAGUGCGCUCCAAGCCGUGGCUCGGCCUCAUGGGCAACAUUUCAGCGGCAAUGGCAACUAUGGCAGCGUUCGGUCUCGCCAUGUAUUUGGGCAUAGAGUUCAUCGGCAUUAAUUUAGCAGCACCAUUUCUUAUGAUAGGAAUCGGCAUCGACGAUACAUUCGUAAUGUUAGCAGCGUGGCGAAGGACACCGGUAAAGUGGUCUGUCCCAGAAAGAAUGGGCAGCAUGCUCUCAGAGGCAGCAGUCUCGAUAACAAUCACAUCAGUAACGGAUAUGGUAUCCUUCUGGAUCGGUAUCCUUAGUCCGUUUCCAUCAGUACGGAUAUUCUGCACAUAUUCCGGAUUCGCUGUGUGCUUCACCUUCCUCUGGCACGUUACCUUCUUCGCCGGUUGCAUGGCGGCUUCAGGCUAUCGCGAACAGAAAAAUCUCCACGCUAUUCUUGGAUGUAAAGUUGAACCAAUGUCGGUGGCGAUCGCAAAAAAACGCAAUUUCCUCUAUAAGAGCUUGUUAGCUGGCGGGAUUAAUCCUGAAGAUCCCGACAACCCUCUAGACAACAAAGAGCACGUUUUGAUGGCUUUCUUCAAAAACAAAUUGGCUGCAGUUUUAAAUACUGGCUGGGUGAAAGCCUUAAUCAUUGUGAUUUUUGCUGCUUAUCUGUCAGGAGCAUGCUAUGGAGUAACAAAAAUUAAGGAAGGACUCGAGCGAAGAAAACUAUCGAAAAAUGAUUCCUAUUCUGUUGUAUUUUUCGAUCGCGAAGAUGAAUACUACAGAGAGUUUCCAUACAGAAUUCAGGUUGUCAUCGCUGGCGAACUCAACUAUUCCGAUCCCAUCAUCCAACAACAAAUCGAGGAGUUAACACAAAAGCUCGAAAAUACAACAUACGUUACAUCCCCUCUAUACACAGAAUCAUGGAUCCGAUCCUUCCUCUCAUAUGUUGAACGAAAUAAUGAUAGCUUGGAAGUAAACAUCGAGGAUGAACAAUCCUUCCUCAACACCCUCAAGGAUAUUUGGCUAUUCCCGGCAAAUCCUUUCUCUCUGGAUGUCAAGUUUAAUGACAACGAAACACAAAUCAUCGCUUCUCGGUUCCUCAUACAAGCAGUUAACAUAUCCGAUACAAACCAAGAGAAAGAAAUGGUCAGAGACUUGAGGCAAAUUUGCAAGGAUUCCCCCCUGAAUGCCACCGUAUUUCAUCCAUACUUUGUAUUCUUCGAUCAAUUCGAACUUGUUCGUCCUGUGUCCAUACAGGCAAUGGUCAUCGGAGCUAUUAUCAUGAUGGUGAUAUCCUUUAUUUUUAUUCCUAAUAUUCUUUGCUCUUUGUGGGUAGCCUUCAGUAUCAUUUCAAUAGAAGUCGGUGUGGCUGGAUACAUGGCCUUGUGGGAUGUAAACUUGGAUUCAAUUUCAAUGAUAAAUCUUAUCAUGUGCAUAGGAUUCUCAAUAGAUUUCACAGCUCAUAUUUGCUACACUUAUAUGUCCUCUAAGGAAAAGCAUCCAGACAACAAAGUUAAAGAAGCAUUAUAUUCACUAGGCUUACCAAUUUGUCAAGGAUCCUUUAGUACUAUCCUUGGAGUAAUAGCACUACUUCUAGCAGAUAGUUAUAUAUUUUUAGUUUUCUUUAAAAUGGUAUUCCUAGUCAUAUUCUUUGGAGCCAUGCACGGAUUGCUUUUGCUCCCAGUACUAUUAUCGCUAUUUGGCCCGGGAUCAUGUAGCCCCCAAAUAAAAGAAGAUGACAACUCCCUCAAGAUCACUCCUACUGAUCCUACGUUUCCACAUCCAUUUUACCUGCCGCAAAACCAUAUUGCUCUCAAUGGCCCCUUCGGGGGCAAGGCAUUUCUCGGCUCCCCCUACAAAGCUUACGGAGACGACAAAGAUCUAGGCAUAGGCACGUCUGGGGAAGAUUCCAGUGAGAGCAGCAGCAGCAAAUCCCAACGCCGGCAAGCUAACGAAGACGAAAACACAAGACGUCGCUAUGAAGAAGGCUGGAGGCGAUCCUCUCAACAUAACUUAGCUGCUAUAAAUUCGGUAUCGCAGUUUCAACCAAACAGUGGCCUCUACGGUCGAAACAGGGACGAAAUGUGGGAAAACAACUCUCCUAAUGGUCUCUAUGACGAUUAUGAGCACCAAAAUUCUCGCCGUCGACAGUCCCCUUCCUAUGAAGUCGAUCAUGAAAUGCAAAGGAAUAGCGUGGAAGACAGAGGUAGGCAACGAACACGACAAUACCCAGAAGAAGUUCCUUAUCACGACAGUGACCGCCCACGAUACUACAUGGGAAAUACACGAAGGAGAUCAUCUGAAGACAACCGUCGAUGGGUAACAACGGAGGACCGCCGAAUGAGACGUUAUUCACCCCCAGAGGGUAUCUACCGCCACCAUCAAGUCCGUUCCUCCUCACAACAUAAUUUGUAUUAUCCAAAUCACAAUGGAUUCUACAAAUGAAACUCACAAUUACCUAAAAGCAAAUAUUAAUAAAUUUAACUAAACUGAAAAAACAGGAACAUUAGGCUAAUGUAAUGGUUCAUUGGCUUUAGAAAAUCGUUUUAUAAGAAAUUAAACUACGUGUGUACAGUUAGAAUCUAGGAGCAAUUUUUAUACAUUUUUUGUUAAUAGUUUUAAAAUGCGUAGCUGUAAUAGGUAGUCUGAUGUGAAAUUGUGCUCAAAAUAUGAUGGCCAGAGAUCAUAUCCUAGAACAAAGACUUGAUAAAAAUAGAGCAUUCAAAUCUAUCUUGAAAUAUAUAGCAAUCUGACACCAAAGCGACGUAAGCAAGAUAACUGGAAAUCAGUAUCUUUUGAAGACAUUUUUCAAUUUAGAUUUGAAAAUACGAAUCAUAUCCUAAGAAUUUAAGGUUAAUAUGCCAUUGAUGAUAUUAUACAUAAAAGCUGAAUUGAAAUAAAGAGUGGUGUUGAGCUGUGUCAGCGCGUAGAGUAUUCAACAAGUACCGAACAUUUAGCCGCUAAAAACUACAACAACAUGACCUUGUUUGUACGCCACUUCCUACUACAAGACAAUAGUCACAGUUAUGCUUUCCACCUUCUAGAGGAAAGUCAAAUCAUUAAUAUUUAAACAGUCAAGUAGGACCACGCGGGUCCUGUAGUUUUACUUUUGAUGUUUCAUAUUCCGGUAUUUCGGAAACCAGUUGCUUUGCUCAUUCUAAGUGCUUACCAAAUAGUGCUCGGUGUUUGUCGAAUAUUUUAUGGCUGAAUAUGGCUAAAUAAUUGGGCUCGAAAGAACCCAAUCUCACAAAAUGAAUCCAAAUGGUUGCAUUAUUCAGUGUUCAGUUUUGUUUUUUUUUAUUUAUACUACUCUAGUUUCGCGGGGCUUCUACUAGUAUAAUGAUUAGAUUGUGGCAUAGCGUUGUUGACGGUACUUGCCUUAUGAUACUUAUAACUUAGACAUCCUUUCAUCUGACAAUUAUACAUAUAUUUGACUUCACCAAACUAUUUAGUCCGAUUUAAUGCGAAAAUAUAAUGAAAAAAAUAAAUUAUGUUAUAAACGCGAAAUGAAAUUGUUGAAAAGUAAAAAUUGGAAAUGACAUUCAUCAUCCUCGGACAUAAACUACUUUUUAAUUUACAUUCAUAUAUAAAUAUGUUGUUCGAUCUAUUUCACACAUGAAACUGAUUUAUUUAUUCAUCAUCUUUAAUGCAGUAGGACUUUGUUGCUAAUAUAGGUACAAUCUAAUUAUUGAUCAAUGAAUUGAUUGGGUUGUUGCAUUCUGAAAGUGCUAAAAGGGAAUAAUAAAGACCCUAAUCGUACAUUUUUACAUGAUUUCAUUAUUUUUUUCAAUCUUUCAUAGAAUCUUAAGGUAGUAGUCAUAAUUUAGAAACAAGUAAAGGUUUGUUACAAUUUGAGAAAAGCGUAGUAAAAUAAAAAUUGUUAUAUUGUGCGAAAUAUUAGGUGUAACAAAUAAACAAAUUUUAAAAAACGGA